AUGCUCUUCAACUCGCCAAAAGCAGCAAAGCGAAUUGGAGUUCAGUUCCUGUCAGUUGCAAGUGCAGAAUGCUUUGGUCGAGAUGUCUCUCCGACACACUUUGCAUCCCUGUUAAAGGAAUGCAGGUCUGUGAAUACAGUCCGUCAAAUUCACCAGAAGAUAAUUGCUUAUGGCCUUCUUUCUUAUCCAGCAUCGUUGCUGUCAGUGUCACUCCCACCACUUCCAUCGCAUUCGUAUGUAUCGCCAAAAUCUUUGGGUACCGGUGUUGUAGCCUCCUAUCUUGCUUGUGGUGCUACAAGCGAUGCUCUCUCGGUGUUGGAGCGCGUCACGCCAUCACCAGCCGUGUGGUGGAAUCUACUCGUAAGAGAACACAUCAAGGAAGGCCGCCUUGACAGAGCAAUUGGUGUAUCUUGCCGCAUGCUGCGUGCUGGAACUAAGCCAGACCAUUUUACUCUGCCAUAUGCGCUGAAAGCAUGCGGGGAGCUACCUUCAUACCGUUGUGGUAGCGCAUUCCAUGGACUCAUAUGUUGCAAUGGGUUUGAGUCAAAUGUCUUCGUAUGCAAUGCAUUGGUGGUGAUGUAUUCCCGCUGUGGUUCUUUGGAGGAUGCCAGUCUGGUGUUUGAUGAGAUAACGCGGAAGGGAAUUGAUGAUGUUAUCUCAUGGAACUCAAUUGUUGCUGCCCAUGUUAAGGGUAGUAAUCCGCAGACUGCAUUAGACCUGUUUUCAGAAAUGACAACGAUUGUUCACGAAAAAGCUACAAAUGAAAGGUCAGAUAUCAUUAGCAUCGUCAACAUUCUUCCCGCAUGUGCUUCUCUAAAGGCAUUGCCUCAAACUAAAGAAAUUCACGGCUAUGCCAUUCAGAAUGGCACAUUUCCAGAUGCUUUUGUGUGCAAUGCCCUGAUUGAUACCUAUGCCAAGUGUGGGUCAAUGAAGGAUGCACUAAAGGUUUUCAAUGCAAUGGAAUUCAAGGAUGUCGUUUCUUGGAAUGCAAUGGUUACUGGAUACACCCAAAGUGGGAACUUUGGGGCAGCCUUCGAGCUUUUCAAGAAUAUGCGCAAGGAAAAUAUCCCGCUAGAUGUCAUAACAUGGAGUGCUGUAAUUGCAGGGUAUGCUCAGAGGGGAUGUGGCCAAGAGGCCCUUGAUGCAUUCCAGCAAAUGAUUCUUUAUGGCUCAGAGCCAAAUUCUGUCACUAUCAUCUCUCUAUUGUCUGCUUGCGCUUCCUUGGGAGCAUUGUCUCAGGGUAUGGAAACUCAUGCAUACUCUCUGAAGAAGUGCCUUCUAUCCUUGGAUAAUGGUUUUGGUGGUGACGGUGAUGGUGAGGAUCUAAUGGUGCACAAUGCAUUAAUAGAUAUGUACUCAAAGUGCAAAAGCUUCAAAGCUGCACGCUCCAUAUUUGAUUCCAUACCUCGAAGGGAACGUAAUGUGGUCACUUGGACUGUCAUGAUUGGUGGGUAUGCGCAAUAUGGAGACUCGAAUGAUGCCCUCAAGCUUUUCUCAGAGAUGAUUUCAAAACCAUAUGCAGUUGCCCCAAAUGCUUAUACAAUUUCCUGCAUUUUGAUGGCCUGUGCACAUUUGGCAGCUCUUCGUACUGGUAAGCAGAUUCAUGCUUAUGCCACCCGCCACCAUGAGUAUGAAGCAUCUGUGUACUUUGUGGCAAACUGCCUUAUCGAUAUGUACUCAAAGUGUGGUGAUGUCGAUACUGCUAGAAAUGUAUUUGAUAGCAUGCCUGAAAGGAAUGAAGUAUCUUGGACUUCAAUGAUGUCAGGGUAUGGAAUGCAUGGUCGUGGUAAGGAGGCUUUGGACAUAUUUGACAAGAUGCAAAAGGCAGGUUUUGUUCCUGAUGAUAUUUCCUUCCUGGUUCUUCUUUACGCUUGUAGCCAUUCUGGCAUGGUGGAUCAAGGUCUGGAUUACUUUGAUAUCAUGCGUAGAGAUUAUGGUGUAGUUGCCAGUGCAGAGCAUUAUGCUUGUGUUAUUGACUUGCUGGCUCGCUCUGGGCGAUUAGAUAAGGCAUGGAAAACGAUUCAGGAAAUACCAAUGGAGCCUAGUGCAGUUAUCUGGGUUGCAUUACUUAGUGCCUGCAGAGUUCAUUCGAAUGUGGAACUUGCUGAAUAUGCCCUGAACAAACUGGUCAGUAUGAAAGCAGAGAAUGAUGGAUCCUACACGCUUAUCUCCAACAUAUAUGCUACUGCAAGGCGGUGGAAAGAUGUAGCAAGAAUCAGACAACUGAUGAAGAAAUCAGGGAUUAAGAAGAGGCCAGGAUGCAGCUGGGUCCAAGGUAAGAAGGGCACUGCAUCUUUCUUUGUUGGAGAUCGAUCACACCCUCUCUCUCCAGAGAUAUAUUCUCUUUUAGAGAGAUUAAUUGGUCGCAUCAAGGUUAUGGGUUAUGUCCCCGAGAUAAACUUUGCACUGCACGAUGUUGAUGACGAGGAGAAAAAUAAUCUUCUCACUGAACACAGUGAGAAGCUUGCUCUCGCAUAUGGGCUCCUCACAACUUCCCCUGGUUGUCCCAUACGGAUCACAAAGAACCUUCGUGUUUGCGGUGAUUGUCACAGUGCAUUCACCUACAUCUCCAAGAUUGUCGACCAUGAGAUCAUUGUACGAGAUUCCAGUCGCUUCCAUCAUUUCAAGAAUGGCUCUUGUUCCUGCGGUGGCUAUUGGUGA